AUGCCUACCAUACACAAAAAUUUUGGACAUAAAAACUGCUUCUCCCUCCCUCCCUCCCUUCCUCUCUCUACCAUACCAAGGAGAGCCAUAGCCUCUCUCUCUCUCUCUCUCUCUAGAUAUCUCUCUCUUUUUCUCUCUAGAUCUCUCUUUUUUCUUGUAUCUCUAUAGGUUGUUAGAGCGGCGACGGCGAGAAGAGGAAGGAGCAACAAGGAGUAGAUCAUCAGUAUAGAGAGCAGCAGCAAUUUGGGAAGGUUCAUUAUUACAGCUCUGUUGUUUCAUUUCUUUGAGGAGACGAAGUUAGCAAGCAGGGAUUGCUGUUUCUGAAUUUCAAGGAGAAGAUAACAAUAGCAAAUGAUGAUGUCAUCUGGGUUCCAGCUCGGUGUGAUCGGGUCUCUUGCGCUGUCGGUUGCAUCAUCAGUUGCCAUUGUCAUCUGCAACAAAGCUCUCAUCAGUACCCUUGGUUUCCCUUUCGCUACAACAUUGACAAGCUGGCAUCUCAUGAUGACCUUCUGCACCCUCCAUGUGGCACAACGCUUGCAUUUCUUUGAACCAAAGGCAAUUGAUGGGCAAACAGUGAUCCUCUUUGGGUUGCUGAAUGGCACCUCAAUUGGCCUUCUCAACCUUAGUUUAGGAUUCAACUCCAUUGGAUUCUACCAGAUGACAAAAUUGGCGAUCAUACCUUUCACUGUGCUGUUGGAGACAAUCUUCCUGAAGAAAAGAUUCAGCGAGAGUAUCAAGCUUUCUCUACUGGUCUUACUUCUUGGAGUGGGCAUUGCUUCAGUUACUGAUCUCAAGCUAAAUCUACUUGGAUCCGUCCUUUCUGGACUCGCCAUCGCGACCACUUGUGUUGGGCAAAUUCUCACAAAUACAAUACAGAAGAGAUUGAAGGUAUCCUCAACGCAGUUACUCUACCAAUCUGCACCUUACCAGGCAGCAAUUUUGUUUGCGACUGGCCCUUUUGUAGAUCAACUCCUUACGAACCGCAGUGUCUUCGCCCACAAGUACACCACUCCAGUUUUGGGUUUCAUCAUGCUAUCUUGUUUGAUUGCGGUGUCUGUGAACUUCAGCACAUUUCUUGUGAUUGGAACAACAUCUCCAGUUACAUACCAGGUGCUAGGCCACCUUAAGACAUGUCUCGUUCUCUCAUUUGGAUACAUUCUGUUACACGAUCCUUUCAACGCAAGGAACAUAUUAGGAAUUUUGAUCGCCAUAUUUGGGAUGGGAUUGUACUCCUACUUCUCAGUGAAGGAGGGCAAGAAGAAGGCAACAAAUGAUCCACUGCCAGUUUCACAGAUGCCAGAAAAGGAGACUGAACCACUUUUGGCAACCAAAGACAACAGUGAUACCAAAAAAGCAAAUGGUGUAUCUCAUGACUGCUAAGACUUCUCUUGCUUAGUGUAGAUCUAGUAUAUGCACACUGCAUGCCUGCUCGUUGAAUUUGAAGGACCUGGAAAGCCAUUUCUUUCCAUUCUUGAUUGUUUUGUAGAAAAGAUAAAUGAGUUUUAUACUUGUAGAGAGUGUAUAUUUUGACAUUAAAAUUAUCAUUUGAUCCUACUUUCAUAUUCAACAGUUCCAACUGAGGGUUUA